GCUAAUUCAAACAUAAAAAACCAAAACAAGUCUGAUCAAUUUCCCGAAUUUCAUCAAUUUUCAUCGAAUUCUCUCAGGAAACGCAAACCAAAAAGCAUUUUUCAUCAUGGCGAAGAUGGCUUUUCAACAUCAGGCUGGCACAGCCAUGGAAUGUUUGAGCAUUCCAAUUACGCUGCAAAAAGAGCAAGAUAUUGACGAGCACGGGCAGCCAAUCCUCAAAUGUGGCUUCAAAAUCGGCGGCGGAAUUGAUCAGGACUUUAAAAAGUCGCCUCAGGGAUACACGGACUACGGAAUUUAUGUCACCGAAGUACACGAAGGCAGUGCCGCAAGUAAAGCUGGCCUCAGAACGCACGAUAAAAUCCUCCAGUGCAACGGAUACGACUUCACGAUGGUUACUCAUAAAAAAGCUGUCAGCUACAUUCGAAGGCAUGCCGUGUUAAAUUUACUCGUUGCGCGAAAAGGCGUUACUUCGACCUAAAAAGCUGGGUUUUUGGUGGUUGAUUAAUGAUAUUCUUACUUAAAUAACUAAAUUUAGAUGAAUUAAAAAAAAGGUUUUUAUAUGAAAAAAAAAAAAUAGAAAGAAAAUCGAUAUUAAGUUAGAGAUUAUUUUUAAGUACCUUAAUGUAUAUACAAAGAGAUGAAACAUUUAUCAAACAAAAAUAACAGAAAAUAAUUCAGGUUUUUUAUUGAUUGCUUUUAUUAUUCCAUUUAUUAUAUUAUAGCAUUUAUGUGUAGUUCUUAGAUGACAAAUAAAAAGUGAUGUUUUU